AUGGAAACAGAGAAACCUCGCAUAAUUUGUCUAUCAAAUCUGAAAUUUCGAAAAUUGGUAAAAUUUAAAUCCCCCGCCACAGACGAAUUUUCACUUCUCUCUUCGUCUUUAACAGAUCUGGUAAGAGAGAAACUGAGAAAAUCGAGGCAAACGAAGAGAUAUCUUGUCAAAACAAAAAGAUAUUCGCCGCAAAUUUGUACCAAUUACACACAGGGUUUACGGUGCUUUCCGUUCAUACCAUCACCGGACCCAUUUGGUAGGUAUCUCAACACUGAUCCUCUCGCCCAUUUUUUCGGUAUGGAAAAUGUGGUUGCAACAGUCAGUGGUUAUCAUGGCUCUGAGAGGUUCAAGCUCAUCAAGCUUAUCUCCCAUUCUGGAGCAAGUUAUGUCGGUGCUAUGUCAAGAUCUAUUACACAUUUGGUGUGUUGGAAAUUCGAAGGCAAAAAGUAUAGUCUUGCGAAGAAGUUCGAUACAAUAGUAGUUAAUCAUCAAUGGGUUGAAGAAUGCAUAAAGGAAGGGAGACGAGUUUCCGAGGCGCCUUAUAUGUUUGAAAGUGGGGAAGAGGUUGGACCUUUGAUGAUUGAACUUCCCGCGGUUUCUGAGGAAGCUAGAGUCACUAAGAAAGUGAAUAAGGCUUCUGAAACUUUUGAUAAAUACUUUGGUAAUGGUGAAGAAAACAAUAGAGGCUCCACUUCUGAGCUUUCCACUUGGAUGGACUCUGUCUUGUUGAAAGAGAAAAAUAUAGAACCAAACAGACACUCAGUGCGAUUAAGAACAAAGAGGCCAAGUAAUAUUUUUGAAGACAAGGAAAACACUGUGGCGGAAUCUUCAGGGAAAGGAAAAAGGCGGUUAGUAAAGCAACGCUCUUGCAGAAACAUUAUUGACCUUGAAUCUGAUAAUAACUGUCAUGAUAUUUCUGAUGAGCAACAAAGAACGGCUCAGAAUAGUAGAAAGCCUAAUGAUGGAAACGGGAAGGACUGUGUUUUAGAACCUGGAGAAACAUCAGCUCUUCGACAUCAUGGAGAGUAUGCAACACAAAACUGGGAUGUAGAUGAAAUAGAGGAGUCCGAGAAUUGGAGUCAUCCAGCUGUUUUUAAACCCCCGAGAUCAAGUAGCGCAGAGAGAAAACCGCAAGAUGAUGGGUUAAAUUUUGACAAACCCGGUUCAAGAAGAGAAGAGACAGAAGCAAUUGAAGAGGUCUAUGCGCAGGUUUCUUGUAUCAUAUGCUGGACAGAGUUCAGUUCCACUAGAGGCAGUCUCCCUUGUGGCCAUAGGUUUUGUUAUUCGUGCAUCCAGAAAUGGGUAGACCAUUUGGUAUCUGAAAGAAAGAAGACAACAUGUCCAUUAUGCAAGUCCAGCUUCAUCGCCAUCACAAAGAUAGAAGACGCAGGAUCUUCUGAUCAAAAGAUAUACUCACAAACAGUCCCAGACCCAUCUUCAACAAACAACAUUCUUGUAGUACUCCCUGAAGAAGAAAGACAAGGUUUCAAUCCACUGCAGUCUCGAUCUUCAGCUUGCAGUAGAUGCUACUGCAGUGAACCGGAGGAUCUUCUCAUUAGAUGUCACCUCUGCAAUUUCCGACGUAUACACUCUUAUUGUUUAGACCCUUAUCUGGUUCCUUGGACCUGCAACCAUUGCAAUGAUCUUCAGAUGCUUUACCAACGCCGUGGCUACUAA